GCUGGGUGGGCCUUACGCCAGGGGGUCCUUGGCCGUUGUCGCCAGUGCUGUGUGGUGGUACUCGGCUUUGGGGAAGACUCUCAGAUCGCCCGGAUCGUUCUUCCCAAAGGGUGAUUGGGAAAAUUAGCGGGUACAAAAUCUCGAGAGGCGGAGGAAUCUUUUUUCGUUUUGGCUCCGCCCUCUUCCUGUUCUGCGACUGGUACGGUAGCCCGUCGCGGGGGAAGGGACGCUCGGCGGCCCAGCCGAAGAGCGCCCUGCGCACGCGCGAGCCCCAGUGUGCGAGUGUGUUUGUGCACCCGCACGCGCGCGCUCCUGCUUUUAGGAAACCUGGGAAGGACCUGUGUACGGGGAGAUGAGGGAGGAAAGCUUAGCACUCUGUCUUUGGUACCAGACGCGCCUGACUGUGCGCUGACUCUCCCCACCCACCCAGGCAGCAGCCUUUGCCAGAGAGGCUGUGGCUGGCAGCCUCUGUUCGUUUUCACUGCAGGACCAGGCACGAAAGUUAAAACAAAAUGAAGAUUUUUUCUGAGUCACAUAAAACAGUGUUUGUUGUUGAUCACUGCCCUUACAUGGCAGAAUCCUGCAGACAGCACGUUGAGUUUGAUAUGCUGGUGAAGAAUAGGACCCAAGGCAUCAUUCCUUUGGCACCCAUCUCUAAAUCCUUGUGGACUUGUUCAGUAGAGUCUUCCAUGGAAUAUUGUAGAAUAAUGUAUGAUAUAUUCCCUUUCAAAAAGCUGGUGAAUUUCAUUGUGAGUGACUCUGGAGCACAUGUUUUAAAUUCUUGGACUCAAGAAGACCAAAAUUUACAGGAGCUCAUGGCAGCGUUAGCAGCUGUCGGGCCUCCUAACCCUCGGGCAGAUCCAGAGUGCUGUAGUAUUCUGCAUGGGCUUGUUGCAGCGGUGGAAACUCUUUGCAAAAUCACCGAAUACCAGCAUGAAGCCCGAACUUUACUCAUGGAGAAUGCAGAACGUGUUGGAAAUAGAGGGCGAAUAAUCUGUAUUACAAAUGCAAAAAGUGAUAGUCAUGUACGCAUGCUUGAAGACUGUGUCCAGGAAACAAUUCAUGAACAUAACAAGCUUGCUGCAAAUUCAGAUCAUCUAAUGCAGAUUCAAAAAUGUGAGUUGGUCUUGAUCCAUACCUACCCAGUUGGUGAAGACAGUCUUGUAUCUGACCGUCCUAAAAAAGAAUUGUCUCCAGUUUUAACCAGCGAAGUUCAUAGUGUUCGUGCUGGACGGCAUCUUGCUACCAAAUUGAAUAUUUUAGUACAGCAACAUUUUGAUUUGGCUUCAACUACUAUUACAAAUAUCCCGAUGAAGGAAGAACAACAUGCUAACACAUCUGCCAAUUAUGAUGUGGAACUGCUUCAUCACAAAGAUGCACAUGUAGAUUUCCUGAAGAGUGGUGAUACCCACUUGGGUGGCAGCAAUAGAGAAGGCCCAUUUAAAGAGACGAUAACCUUAAAGUGGUGCACGCCAAGGACAAAUAACAUUGUGUUUUCUUCUAUUUCAGAAUUACACUAUUGUACUGGAGCUUAUCGAAUUUCACCUGUAGAUGUAAAUAGUAGACCUUCUUCCUGCCUUACUAACUUUCUUCUAAAUGGUCGUUCUGUUUUAUUGGAGCAACCACGAAAAUCAGGUUCCAAAGUUAUUAGUCAUAUGCUCAGUAGCCAUGGAGGAGAGAUUUUUUUGCAUGUCCUUAGCAGUUCUCGAUCCAUUCUGGAGGAUCCACCUUCAAUUAGUGAAGGAUGUGGAGGAAGAGUUACAGACUACCGGAUUACAGAUUUUGGUGAAUUUAUGAGGGAAAACAGAUUAACUCCUUUUCUAGACCCCAGAUAUAAAAUCGAUGGAAGUCUUGAGAUCCCUUUGGAACGAGCAAAAGAUCAGUUAGAAAAACACACCCGUUACUGGCCUAUGAUUAUUUCACAAACCACCAUUUUCAACAUGCAGGCGGUAGUUCCAUUAGCCAGUGUUAUUGUGAAAGAAUCUUUGACAGAAGAAGAUGUGUUAAACUGUCAAAAAACAAUAUACAACUUAGUUGAUAUGGAAAGAAAAAAUGAUCCUCUACCUAUUUCCACAGUUGGUACAAGAGGAAAGGGCCCUAAAAGAGAUGAACAAUAUCGUAUCAUGUGGAAUGAAUUAGAAACCCUUGUCAGAGCCCAUAUCAACAACUCAGAGAAACACCAGAGAGUCUUGGAAUGUCUAAUGGCAUGUAGAAGCAAACCCCCCGAAGAAGAAGAACGAAAGAAACGAGGGAGAAAGCGGGAGGACAAAGAAGACAAGUCAGAAAAAGUGAUGAAAGAGUAUGAACAAGAAAAAUCUUGGCAGGAUUCAGAGAGACUGAAAGGAAUUUUAGAACAUGGGAAAGAAGAGUUGGCUGAAGCUGAGAUUAUAAAAGAUUCGCCUGAUUCCCCUGAACCUCCAAACAAAAAGCCCCUUGUUGAAAUGGAUGAAACUCAACAAGUGGAGAAAUCAAAAGGGCCAGUGUCCUUAUUAUCACUGUGGUGUAAUAGGAUCAAUACUGCCAAUUCCAGAAAACAUCAAGAGUUUGCUGGACGUUUGAACUCUGUUAAUAACAGAGCUGAAUUGUAUCAACAUCUCAAGGAAGAAAAUGGGAUGGAAGCAGCAGAAAAUGGAAAAGCCAGCCGGCAGUGAGAAGGAAGUUAAGGAACGCAAUUUAGUAUAUUACAAAAAUAUUUUGGGCAGAUUUGAUACAAGUACUUUUACAGCAAGAUUGUAUAGCUAUGUUGCCUGGACUGGUUUUUACAUUUUUAAAAUAUUUCAACAAAUUUUUUUGUACUAAUUAUAAAAUUGGCACAUAAACAAAAGCAUACGUUUGAGAUUUGUCCUCCCAAAUCACAUAAGUUUAUUUUAUGGU